CAAGUAAAAAAUACAUCAGAGGUGGUCCAAAUGUUAUACUUACAAAGAAAACAAAACCAGGAUUUUUGGUAGAAAUAGAUGAAAAAUUUCUGAUCAGAGAAGUCAGUGAGCAAUCUGAACAAUUUCAAAAAGAAAUAAUCAAUAAGGAAAAGAAAUCAAUUCUUUCAGAGUCUCUUAAAGUGGUUGAUUUAGUAGAACAG